GAGAGAGAUAAAAUAAGCAACAGAGCGAGAUAGAGAGAGAAUAGAGACCAAGAGAGAAGAGACGUUUGAUUAUUAAGUUAUUAACAGAUAGUUAAGUAACUUACUAGUCAUGGGUUAUAUCGAUGGAAAAUGGGCACCGCUGAUCAUGAUUACCGUGAUUAACACAAUUAAUGGGAUGGUUAACGCUUUGAUUAAGAAAGUUCUGGAUGGAGGCAUUAAUCAUAUGGUUAUUGCUACCUAUCGUUUGGGUAUUUCCACCUUUUUCCUUCUUCCGAUCGCUUAUUUUUGGGAACGGAAAACAAGGCCGAAGCUAACUGCAAGCGUCUCGUUUCAGCUUUUCGUCAGUGCCCUUUUUGGGGCGAGUUUGAUGCAAUAUUUCUAUUUGCUUGGCCUAAGCUACACUUCUGCCACCUUGGGAUCUGCUUUCUGGGGAACAUUGCCUGCCAUCACUUUCAUUAUGGCUUUAAUAUUUCGAUUCGAAAAGCUAAAUAUGAAAACAAAAGCAGGAUACGGCGUCGUUCUUGGAGCUAUGAUAAGCUUAGCAGGUGCUUUAACUCUUACGAUGUACCAAGGCGUUCCAUUAUCGAACUCUCAAGAAUAUGCAACGAUUUUAAACAUCCACAAAGGACAUGAGAAUUGGAUCAAAGGCUGUUUUCUUUUAUUCAUAGGAGUUAUACUUUUCAGUUCCUGGAUGCUUAUACAAGCCAAGAUCAACUCGAGCUACCCAUGUCCAUACUCGAGUACGGUUAUAUUAUCAGUCUUUGGUACGCUUCAGUGUGCUCUUCUUAGCUUGAUCAAGACUAGACAUUUGGAAGAUUGGAUCCUCAGGGACAAACUCACAAUCAUCACCGUCAUUAUAGCGGGUGUUGUUGCACAAGGAAUGUGUACGGUAGGCAUAUCAUGGUGUAUCAAACAACGUGGGCCUGUCUUUACAUCAGCAUUCAGUCCUGUCACACUUAUGUCCGCAACCGUGUUCGAUUUCUUGAUACUUCAUCGUAUGAUUUAUUUGGGGAGCGUUAUUGGAUCUUUGGUGGUUGUGAUCGGUUUAUACAUAUUUCUAUGGAGUAAGAGCAAACAAAUAGUUGACUGUAAGAUCGUGAAGUUGCCUACAAGUACGGUGGAAGAAGAAAAAGAAGAGGAAGACCAUACCAAUGUUAACAAAUUAGGCCGUCUUUUGGUUAUCCCCAUGACCCCUUGAUGUACCAACAUGUCCUACGAAUCACCUAAGAAGAAGAGAAGAAAACUGAUCAUUUGAUUGUUAUUGGAAUAUGUUAUCACUUGUGCGAUGUUCAACUUUGGAUUUUACUUUCAAAUUGCUUAAUUUUGAUAUUGUAAUUUGUUUAUAAAAAUAAAUAGUAUCAAAAAUGGACUUAAUUGAUUGGAC